UAGUGGGAAAAAAAAAAAAAAAAAAAGCAUUAGCAGUAAUAUUAGUGAAAGCCUGACCUUCCCCUUCGCAAUAAACUGACUCUCUCUUCCAAGUCUCUUUGCAUUCUCUUUCACACUUAUCUUUGCAUUUCUCUCUCAUUUGCUUCAACACCUAGAGUUCUGUGACAAUGGCGAACGAGGUGGUUCUGUUGGAUUUCUGGCCAAGCAUGUUUGGGAUGAGAGUCAGGAUUGCUCUGGCUGAGAAGGGUAUCAAGUAUGAGUACAAGGAAGAGGACUUGAAGAACAAGAGCCCACUGCUUUUAGAGAUGAACCCCAUUAACAAGCAGAUCCCAGUUCUCAUACACAACGGGAAGCCUGUGUGUGAGUCUCUCAUCAUUGUUCAGUACAUAGACGAGGUCUGGAAUGAUAAGUCUCCAUUGCUUCCCUCUGAUCCUUACCAGAGAGCUCAAGCCAGGUUCUGGGCUGAUUUUGUUGAUAAGAAGGUUUAUGGAGCUUCAAGGAAGGUAUGGAGCACAAAAGGAGAAGAGCAAGAGGCAGGCAAGAAGGAAUUUUUUGAAAUCUUAAAGACAUUGGAGGUGGAGCUUGGUGACAAGCCUUACUUUGGGGGUGAAACAUUUGGGUAUGUGGACCUUUCUUUUAUCACUUUCUACAGCUGGUUCCAAGCCUAUGAGGUCUUUGGCAAUAUCAACAUAGAGGCGGAGUGCCCCAAGAUUAUCGCAUGGGCUAAGAGGUGCCUGCAGAAGGAGAGUGUGGCCAAGACUCUACCUGACCAGAAGAAGGUUUAUGAGUUUGUUGCUCAGAUGAGGAAAAGGUUUGUUUCGGAGUAGAGUAAUGAUUAGGCCACAAUCUAGAAGUGCUAGCAUAUUGUGGUUUUGGAUGGUUUUGUAAUAGCGUUCGAUAUUUGUACUGUUUAAGUUUGGAUUUGUUUCAUUAGUGUCCGUUUAGCUUGUAAGACACUUUGAUGUGUCUGCUGAGCUUUUCUAAAGGGCAUGUAUUGUACUGUUUAACUUGUAAGACACUUUGAUGUGUCUGCUGAGCCUUAGAUCUAAAGGGCUUGUACUGAAUCAUGAAUAAGAAAGACACUUUGUUGUGUGAGCUAAAUUUUAGAUCACACUUCUGCAAA